CCCACCCAUCCGUUUUCUCAACUGUACAGCUGACGUUACCCGCUCUCACCUUUUUGUUUAAACCUUCAACCCAUUUCUUCCACGUCUACGGUAUCACAUGUUCGGCAUGGCUUCCCCAAUUCAAGCAGUUCAACCCGGGCGGGUCCGGGUUCUGAAGCAUGCGGCCGGACCGCCUCCGGCAGUAGCCGGUCCGGUGGUGUACUGGAUGUUCAGGGAUCAACGGGCGAGAGACAACUGGGCAUUAAUCCACGCCGUUGAUCAGGCUAACAGGGCCAAUGUCCCUGUAGUGGUUGCGUUCAAUCUGUUCGAUCAGUUUUUAGGCGCCAAAGCGCGGCAGUUAGGGUUUAUGCUCAGAGGCCUCGAGAAGCUCGCACACCAUCUCCAAUCCACUCUGGAUAUCCCUUUUUAUCUAUUCCAGGCAAAGGCUAUAAGCACAAUCCCUGACUUCUUGAGAAAAUGUGGUGCAUCUCUUUUGGUCACAGAUUUCUCACCAUUAAGAGAAGUAAGGAGCUGGAAAGAUAGGAUCUGUGAGGCAGUAGAUGGUUCUGUGACGAUUCACGAGGUUGAUGCGCACAAUGUGGUGCCCCUUUGGGUGGCAUCUGGCAAAUUGGAGUACGGAGCUAGGACUUUGAGAUCCAAAAUAAACAAGCUUCUCCCAGAAUAUCUUGUUGAAUUCCCUACUAUAGGACCUCCAAUGAACAACAAAAGUUGGGCCCUUCCAAUCCAUUCGAUAAAUUGGGAACAGCUUAUUGCAGAUGUAGUCAGGAAAGGAGCAGAAGUUCCUGAACUUGAAUGGUGUGUACCAGGUGAACAAGCUGCAAUGGAUGUACUGAUGGGAAGUAAACAUGGGUUUCUAACAAACCGAUUGAGGAAUUAUUCCACUGAUCGGAAUAACCCGUUAAAACCAAAGGCACUCUCUGGUCUAUCCCCUUAUUUACAUUUUGGACAGAUAUCAGCACAAAGAUGUUCCCUAGAGGCACGCAAAUUUCAGAAAAGUUGUUCCAAGGCAGUUGAUACUUUUCUAGAGGAAUUGAUCGUGCGAAGAGAACUUGCUGAUAACUUCUGCUACUAUCAGCCUCAAUACGACUCAUUACUUGGAGCUUGGGAUUGGGCACGUAAAACCUUGAUGGAACAUGCAACUGAUAAGCGUGAACAUAUUUACACUCGAGAGCAGUUGGAGAAGGCACAGACUGCAGACCCACUUUGGAAUGCUUCUCAGUUAGAGAUGGUUCACUAUGGAAAGAUGCACGGCUUUAUGAGGAUGUAUUGGGCUAAAAAGAUCCUAGAGUGGACAAGUGGGCCAGAAGAAGCUCUAACAACAGCAAUAUAUUUGAAUGACAAGUAUGAAAUUGAUGGAAGAGAUCCAAGUGGCUAUGUCGGUUGCAUGUGGUCAAUUUGUGGCGUACAUGACCAGGGUUGGCGAGAGCGGCCAGUUUUUGGGAAAAUUCGGUACAUGAAUUUUGCAGGUUGCAAAAGGAAAUUCGAUGUGGAUGGGUACAUCGGAUACAUCAAGAGGUUAGUAGCCGAGAAAAAGAAAAGAAAAGUGGAAUCGUUGCUGAACGACAAGAUCAACGAACUCCAUGGCUAGCUUUUUUAGUGAUUUUUAUCUGAAAUAGCCAUAAUAUUAAUGUUGUACUAACAUCAAGGACAAGUAGUGUAUAGAGUGUUGAGACAUCAAUAUUUGCUAUCCACAAUCAAAUGUUAUCUUCCUAGUUCGACAAAACUUCUCAUGGACUUCCAAUUUCUGCAUAAAUGGAAGCAAAAUUAUAUCUAUACGACUCGAGAGUUUCAAAC